UUACCAGUACAGAAAAAUGUACUUGCGAUGUGGUAGCCAGCGAAUCGAAUUCCAGCUCAAGAUGAUGGAGCGUCAGGAUUCAGGAAUAUUUGUCUCCUCAGUGCACUCCCAAUAAUUUGCGAGAAAAACGGUGACUACCCCAGUAAUGGCCGACGGCAAUUCUUUGGACGAUGCCAUGAAGCAGGUUGAAGGUGGCCAGAAUCAUGAUGAAGUCAAACAGCCCGUAAAAGCUCAGCCAAAAGCCAGACCCAAAAAAGCCCCAGAGUUGCCAAUCUUUGAGAGACGCAACUGGCUAAUCCACCUGCAUUAUGUCAGGAAGGAAUAUGAGGUGUGCAAGAUGCUUAUUAAGGAGCAGGUUGCCGAGACCAGUGGCAUGUGUGAGUACCCGCUGUACGUACAGGCUCUGAUCCUGCGCCAGAUGGGACGCAUCCAGGAAUCUCUGGAAUGCUUCCAGACUUGCUCCCUCAUCAAUGCCCAGAACCCUGACAACCUCAAGCAGGUCGCAAGGUCCCUGUUCCUCCUGGGCAGACACAAGGCAGCCAUUGAUGUGUAUUCAGAAGCUGCCCGGAUGAGCAGUCGCGACUGGGAGAUAAGUCACAACCAAGGCGUGUGCUACAUGUACCUCAAGGAGUACAUGAAGGCCAAAGAGUUGCUAAAGCAGGCUAUCCAGUUUAACCGACAUGAUCUGUCCUACAUCAUGCUAGCAAAGAUCUAUCUGAUGGAAGGGGAUAUCCACAUGGCCAUCGAUGUCUACAAGCGAGCCAUUGAGUUUUCUCCAGAGAAUCCCGAAUUGUUGACCACACUGGGCUUGUUAUAUCUCCAGGUAAACCAGUACCAGCGAGCUUUUGAACACCUUGGCAAUGCCUUGACCUAUGACCCUAGCAACGUCAAGGCUAUUCUGGCUGCCGGCAGCAUGAUGCAGCAACACAACGACUUUGACGUGGCGCUCACCAAGUACCGCAUCGCAGCCUCGGCUGUGCCGGAGAGUGCCCCCCUCUGGAAUAACAUCGGCAUGUGCUUCUUUGGCAAGAAGAAAUACGUAGCUGCCAUAAGCUGCCUGAAGAGGGCGGCAUACCUUGCGUCAUUUGACUGGCGUAUCCUAUACAACCUGGGUCUGGUCCACCUCACCAUGCAGCAGUACGCUUCAGCGUUUCACUUCCUCAGCGCGGCCAUCAACCUCAAGCCCAAGAUGGGACAGCUGUUCAUGCUCCUCGCAGUUGCCUUGACACAUCUUGACGACACUGAAAAUGCAAAGCAAGCGUACCAACAGGCUGUGCAACUUGAUCCCAAAGAUGCCAGCAUCCUUCUGAACUACUCCCUGUUUCUCUACAACCUCGGCGAUCGCAAAGGGGCCACAAAACACUUCAGUGCAUACGAGCAGAGCUUGCAGAAGCUGAGAGAGGCAGGAACUGUUGAUGUAGACCCAGAGCUCAUCGAUACAGCUAGUAAGCUAGGGCCAGCCUUGCAAGUGGGCGAGAACCUUGUUUGGAAGGACAAGACCAGCCAGCUGACAGCCGCAUCUGCACCGCUGCCCGCCCCACCGGCCUACGCCGAUGCAUCAGCCGAGAUCCUGGAGAAUGCCCCUUCACCUCCGACCCACGACCCUGCCGCAUCAGAGAGGAAUAGCAACUCCAUGAGCGAAAGAGAAGCUCUACCAUCUUAGUUAAGAAAGGCUCUGGUGCCUGUGUAUGACUGACAUUGGGAGCAUUUAAAAAAAAAAGAGUCACAGGUCUCCUGUGCUGCUUCUGAGUUAAAGACUUCAAAAAUAUUUUUUGCACAGUAUAAGACAGUAGGUUUGCUGAAAAUUUUUCAAACAAUAUUGCCCAUUUUUAUCAUUCUGCCAAACUGAGUGAUAGGCCAACUUUAAAACAGAGACUCAGCUUGCUAUGAUUAAAACAUGAACACACUAACUGCCAUAGAUAGCUCUGUGCCUCAUUUUGUAGGAUCCAGUAACAUUCAGAUGGGCCGGUUUGGUUUUACAGGUAAUUCAAGGGCUGACGUUAGCCAUCAGCAAAACGCACUCACACUGGAACCUUUUGGUCAAGCUGCCCUGUGGUUGUAACCUUUACUAUUGGGAUGUGUGCCCUCUUGUGGUUAUCAUUGCACACAUUGGUGUUGGGGAUAUCUUUAUGGUUUUUGCCCCUGCAUUUUGGUGUAUUCAUCUCUAGUUCAUUCACCAAACACACGACACGUUUUUUGCCUCACUGGUUUGUUUUAGUCUCGCACAUUUUGCAAAAUCUGUGAACGGCACCAAACACUGCAAAGUGGGGACCAUUUAGAAAACUACAGAUUUUUUGGCACAACUCAGUAAGGUUGACUUGACACGCUGCCGACUUUGUUUUACAUGUGAAUGAGCACGCAGGUGAAUGUUUUCCUAGCUGUAACUAUAAACUGAUGAUUUCAUUUUUUGUGACUUCGUGAGUAGCCACUGCCUUUGGUUUGGUUCACACAGAUGGUGGCAAAACACAAUCUAUGUGUUCUCUCCAUCAUUUCCUGAUGCCAUUUGUUGUCAAAACUGAAUAAACCGCUUGCUGACAGUA